UCAUUGUUCUCUCAAAGUGUUACCUUGCGGCUUAGUUCAAGAUGGGUGGGGAGCACGGCCACGCGGCGGGGUGCAGCCUUUGUCCGUUUGUGAAUUCGCGACGGACAGUGGUGGGCGCCCCGUCACUCCCGCCAUAGCCGUCACAGCAAGGGCUGCCCACCGCCUGUCUCGGUGCAAAGCAAACCGUGAUUGGCAGUGGCCGCUGUCUGUCCCAAAAACCUGCUGCGAUUCGUGCUGUGCGAUGCUGCGACAAUAUUUUUGACGGGGGCAGGCUGCAUGACCCAAUGGGCUCAAGUUGUCACUUGCCCACCCUGUUUUCCCAGCAUCCUAGCGGCGAGCGUAUAUAUAACACACCCACCGGGGGCCUACUAGUGCACUCCCACCACUCUCAGCGCCGCAAUCAGUCCAAUGGUGCAACCACAAGAAGUUGAUGUUAUCGUCGCGGGGGGCGGGCCUGGGGGCUGUGUCGUCGCUGGCCGUCUCGCGGUUGCUGAUCCCUCCCUCAAAGUCAUGCUCAUCGAAGGGGGUGCUAACAACAGAGACGAUCCCUGGGUAAGCUCGAGUGGCCGAUCUGCGGCGCAGGAUUCUGAAUAUCUUGUGUUCAAGUCUACCGGUCCGUCGUUCAUGACCCACGCUGCUUCGUUCCCUCGCACUCACCGCGGAUCCGGAUCGCAGACCGGGCAUCUACGUCCGCAACAUGCAGCGCAACGGCAUAAACGACAAGGCCACGUUCUACAUCGACACGAAGGCCUCGUCAUAUCUCCGCGGAAGACAGAGCAUUGUCCCACGCGCGAACAUCCUCGGCGGAGGGAGCAGGUGAGAAUGCCAUUCUUCGAUGAGCCCCGCAGAGAUAACCCGAACCCCCGUAGUGUUAAUUUCCAGAUUUACACAAGGGCAUCCGCCUCCGAUUGGGGUGAUUUCUGCUCGUUUAGCUCAGCGUUCUUCGAAGUUGACAGGUUUCAGAUGACUUCAAAUCCGAGGGAUGGACUGCGAAAGAUCUACUGCCUUUGAUGAAACAGGUAUUGGCAGUUAUGACGUAGCAAGCAGCUUGGUACACAGCCUGUCAUGUGUCUAAUCUCGGAUCAUGUGAUUCUACUUAAAUACUAUUUUUGUUGUGUUGCAUCCUUA